AUGCCCGAAAACUCGGUGGUAGUCCAGGUAAUGCAGGCCCUUGGUGGCGGAGUCGCCGGAGCUAUCACCCGCAGCAUCACCCAGCCGCUGGACGUGCUGAAGAUCCGCUUCCAGAUGCAGGUGGAGCCGGUCACCAACGACAAGGGGUCCAAGUACCGCGGGGUCAUCCACGCCUUUAAGUCGAUAUACGCUGAGGAGGGAAUGCGAGGCAUGUUCCGGGGUCACAACUCUGGCCAGGUCCUCAGUGUCACGUACGCCUUGGUGCAGUUCUGGUCCUACGAACAGCUCCGCGCACUGGCCCACCAGUCGGACUACUGGAACCAGCGUCCCUUCCUCAUGUUCUUCGUCUGCGGCGGCCUGGCGGGAUGCCUGGGAGCCGUGGCCGCCCAGCCACUCGACGUGGUGCGGACCCAGAUGGUGGCUGCCGAUCCCUCCUCGAACCGCAGCCAGAUGAGCACCCUGAGUGGACUGCGAAGGGUCUUCAGGCUGGAGGGCUGGGCGGGGCUUUCGAGAGGAUUGCCCUUCCAGUUGGUGCAGGUCUUCCCGCUGGUGGGGGCCAACUUCCUCCUCUACAAGUACCUGAAUGCCCUGGUGCUCAUGGCCAUGCCGCCGGCGCCGCCCGACCACCGCCAGGAGAUCCACGGCGGCUUCCUUUUCCUCAACGGAGCGCUGUCCGGGGUGAUUGCCAAGAUGAUCGUCUACCCGGCGGACCUGCUCAAGAAGCGCAUCCAGCUGAUGGCCUUCAAACAGGAGCGCAAGACCUUCGGCCGCAACCCCGAAUGCCCAACGGUCCUGGGCUGCAUCGCCGCCACGUUCCGGGUGGAGGGCAUUGGAGGCUUCUACAAGGGAAUGUCGCCCACCCUCUUCAAGGCCGGACUGACCAGCGCCGUUUACUUCUCCAUCUACGACAUGUUCAAGCGCCACCUGAUUGGCCCCGUGAAGGAAGCCGACAAAAGUCGGCAAAAGCUUGGGAAGUAGACGUAUCACAUCUUUGUUAAUUUUGAGCAGCAUCGCGUGAGGACGUGUGGAAUAUGGAUGAGCGAACGAGUCGAAUAUAAGUUAAAAGUUCCUUUGAUGGAGUGAGCUGGAGGCGUGA